UUUACGGUUUCUCAUUCUCGGCGACUAAACACAAACACAAUGACACAGCCAGCUGAAUCUAUUCUACACAGUGGUUACUUCCACCCUACUCUCCGAUAUUGGCAGACCUGUGCUUCAGAACUCAGACCAGAUAACCUUAUAUAUCCUAUCUUCAUUACUGACAGUCCUGAUGCAGUUGAACCAAUUGCAAGUCUCCCUGGUCAAGCAAGAUACGGUGUUAAUAAGAUAGAAGGUUUACUUCGUCCCCUUGUGGAUAAGGGCCUGAAGUGUGUGCUGAUUUUUGGAGUUCCUGCAAAAGUUGCAAAGGAUGAAAGGGGCUCUGGGGCAGACGCAGAUGACACUCCUGCAGUGCUGGCUGUAAAGAAACUACGGAGCACGUUCCCUGAGCUUGUGUUGGCCUGUGACGUGUGUCUCUGUCCGUAUACCUCUCAUGGACACUGUGGAAUCCUACGUGAAGAUGGCAGCUUGGAUAAUGCCGCAAGCUGUUUGAGGUUGGCUGAAGUUGCUUUGGCAUACGCUCGAGCAGGCUGCCACAUCAUUGCCCCCUCAGAUAUGAUGGAUGGACGAAUUGCAGCCAUUAAGCAAGCUCUAAUUGCCAAUGAUCUUGGCAACAAGGUGUCAGUGCUGAGCUACAGUGCUAAAUUUGCAUCCUGCUACUAUGGACCGUUCAGAGAUGCUGCCCAGUCUAAGCCUGCUUUUGGAGACAGACGAUGUUAUCAGUUACCUCCUGGUGCCCGAGGACUAGCACUGCGGGCCUGUGACCGGGAUGUGAAAGAAGGUGCUGACAUGCUGAUGGUGAAACCUGGAUUACCAUAUCUUGAUAUUGUGCGAGAAGUGAAGAAUAAGCACCCUACCCAUCCACUGGCUGUAUACAAUGUAUCAGGUGAAUUUGCCAUGUUGUGGCAUGGAGCUGAAGCUGGAGCUUUUGACUUGCGCACUGCAGUGAUGGAAGCUAUGACUGCCUUCCGUCGAGCAGGUGCUGAUAUCAUCAUAACCUACUACACUCCACAAUUGCUCAUAUGGUUAACAGACUAAUCUGUUCUUCUCUGUGAAUGAAAUCGGAUCAAAGGAAAUCACCUGUUUUUCCUACUAGUGACACUUGAUUUUUAAAAUAGAACUAUUGUAGAAAAAGAUAUGCCAAAUCAGCCUUUUUUCUUUCAUGAUUGUUCAUGAUUUUGUAUUUAGUUAUACACAAUUAGUUGUUAUACAUUAGUUAUACAUCAGUCAGCUUUUAUUUUUCUAGUUUUCAGAUUAUGUCAGUUUUGUUUAAUGUACUGAUAAUCACAAUACUAUGACAUGUCCAGUUAAGCUUUACACUGCUUCUUGCAAUAUAUUUGUUUAUCUGUAUAUGUCAAAAACAAUAAUUAUGCUAAAGCCCA